CAAAUUAACGGUGCAAAGGCCGCUUCUCGCCCUUCUUCACCUUUUGCGGACAGUGUAAUGCAUGCACACAAUGCAUACAUUCAAACAAUCAACAUAAAGGGGUCUUUGCAUCUUCAACAUCAACAAUCAUCUACCACAAAAACAAAAAUGUCAGAAACAGAAAGUUUUAUCAAAAAUGAUCAGAGUGCUCAAAACGAAGGCGCAUUGCCUACGAUAGAGUCAAGAUCUACACCUCAACCGCACCCUGCCAGUGUUUUAGGCUUGAGUAUCGCAACUGCAAUUUGGUAUCUUUGUCUUUCGAUAAAAACAUUAAUGGCAAAAGAUAUGACAAGAUGGGUUUGGUUAUUGUUGUUUUGUUUCUCAUGUUUGAUCUUUACUGUUAAUUCAGCCGAACAAGUUCAAAUUUUAACAAGCAUCUUUCCGGCUUCAAGAAGGAAUGAAGCAUUAACCACAACCAAAAAAGCAGCUCACCUGAAAUUAUACUUAAUAAACGCAAUUGCCCUUCCGGUGGGAUUAUAUACAUUUGCAUUCUCAAGUGAAUAUUCAGCAAACUUUGAUAAGGAUGCCAAAACUGAGUUGAUUGGAAUCGGAACAAUUCUUUUUGUUCCAUAUUUGAUGGUCGUUGGAUUAAAUUCUCCUAGCAAUCAAUAAAACAAAAAGGGCGGGACAGGUACACACUAAAUUACAAACAAGAAAUUUGUCGAUCACAAAAUCCAAUCGAUUGGUUUGGCUUAAAUUGCCCUUUGUUUUCUUUUUUCCUCCUCAACCGGUUUUGGUUUUGAUGCUGUGCCGUUGUACGCAUACCUUAGCGGCAAAAAAUUUAAUUAAUUACCAUUGUGCAAGCAAGAAUCACAUGGUCGAAAUUUUAAUAAAGGAGAUUUGCGUGGAAUGUUUGGUUUUUUCUCUUGGCUACUAGCAUUAACUAGUAUCGGUUGUC